AUGCAAAUGCAGACCAGGAGUUUUGGGCCAAAAAUGCGAUGUUUGUGCUCCUUUACACUAUGGAUUUUCAUCUACUGGCUGAGUACGCAGUGUGAUGAAUAUGGACGCUGUCCUUGCCAUGACCAGGUUGAAGGAAAAACUUGUGAUAAAUGUAUUGGCAAAAAACUAGGAAUUCGCAAAGGCUGUUUCGACUGCCCACGGUGUUAUGACUAUGUGGAAGCAGAUUUUACAGACUACAAGCAAUUGAUCGAUCAGAAAAAACAGGAUCUGAAUGAUAUAUCUGCGGAUAACAGUACCGAUACUGAUUUCGACAAUGAGUUCGGAGAUUUAAAACAAAUCGUUGAUGAUCUUAAACAAGAUACUAUUAGUUCAAUAAGCGAUAUCAACGACAAAAAUACGAAUCUUACUGAACUAGCAGCCUCCAUACAAACACAAUUUUUAGAUUCUUUGCCAAAAUAUAUUGAUGACCUAAAUGACAUAGCUCGAGACUCGCAGGACCUUAUUAAUAUGCUCGAAAACGAGUUGCUCAGAGCAAAAGAUAGCAUUUCACAAGCUGAACCUGAAGUCGAGGCCGCUUUGACCUAUAUAAAAACUGAAGGUAAAAAAGCACUGGAAGAUGCAGAAAAGUUUUCUGAAACAGUUAAUUCAUCUAAGGAUCUGGAAAAUAUAGCAAAAGAAGCCAAAGAUCUAGCAACUGAGCUAGAAAACAAUGUUAACACAAUUACAGAUUUAGCAACACAAGUUAAAAAUAUUUCCGAUCAACUUUUAUCCAAAGAGCCUGAAUUAAAUGAAUUAUUCCCUAAUGAAACUGACUCCUGGCUAGAGUACUUGCAGAAUAGAACCGAAUCGUCAAAAAAUGACAUGCAAGAGUUACUCGAACUUGUUGAUGAUACGAAGCAACUUUUAUUGGAUACCAAAAAUGAUUAUAUCGAAAUAAUACAGGAUAUAAAUAAUGCAACUGUUCCUGAAAUUAAUAUUCCCGAAUUUGGUAACCGCAUAGAAGCUAUGAAUAGAGUGUCUAAUCGGAUCAUAAGAGAAGCAGAUGAUUUUUUAAAUGGACCACAUUUAUAUCAAAAAAUUAAAAAAGAAUUAGAAACAAAUUCUAAUGUUAUGGAAUCUUGGAGUGAAUUGGUGAAAGAAUGGAAUGCAAUGUUGGAGAGCGUUAAUAAUUAUAACAAUAUGGCAAAGGAAGCGAUAAAGAUGGCAAAUGAUGUGUUAGAAAAUGCUAAGAAAACACUGGAAGAAGUAUCGGAGAACAACAACUUGAAAAAAGUGAAAGAAGCCGCUAAAGAUGCACUUAAUGAAAGACAACAAAUAAAAAAUGAUAUGAAUGAAAUAUCAAUUGAAAUUAAUAAUUUUGGGGGAAGAGUGUCUGAAAUAAAAAACAACAUAGAAUACUUGAAUAUAUCCGUGAUUAAUGGAGAGAUUCAGGAUUCUAAGCAGCAAGUUAAAUCCACACAAGAUGAUGUAGAAAAUAUCCAAGAAAAUUUAAAUUCUACGGAAGAUACUCUUCAAAAUUUAGAUGAUUAUCUAAAACUGACUGAAGACCGGUUUGUGAAAGAAAAUGAUGUAUAUAAAAAAGAUGAAGCUUUACUAAAAGAAUCUAGUAAGAACCAAAAUAAAUUGCAUUCUGAUAUGGAGUCAUUCGCAGAAACUUUAAAUAAAAGACUAUUAGAACUCGAAGAUAUAAGAACAAAUUUAAAUAACCCGAUAGAAAUUGAUGAACAAACUCUCAACAAAUUAGAAAGAAGAAUUAAGCUGCUAGAGAAACAAUUAAAUGAUGAUGAUAUAUCUGGUCAGAUAUUAAAACUCCAAAAUAUACAAGUAAAACAAACUUAUUUAAUUUCGAUGAAAGAAGAUGAAUUAAAACUUUUGGAAAACGAAGUAGAAAAUGUAAAAUACAUUGCUGCAGCACUGCCGGAGGCAUGUUAUAAGCCAACCGAUUUGCAAAGAUAA